ACUUUACACUUAACCUAACUUUUUUUUAGAAUUUGUUAUUAAAAUGGAUUUAACAAUAAUUGACGAUGAAAACGCGUUGGACGACGCAAAUGACUUGCUUAUUAAUUUUCCAAUCGACGUCCAAACAGCCAUUGAACAAAUUCUACCGAGUAACGAUCCUCUAGAUCAGCCCACUUUCAACACAAUCGACUACAUUAAUAGCUUAUUUCCGACGGAGCAGUCACUCUCAAAUAUUGACGAAACUGUCAGUCGAAUGGAGGAGAAGAUUCAGACGAUCGACAACGAAAUCAGCACAGUCGUUCGAGGGCAGACAACAGCCAGCCAGGACGGCCGACAGGCUCUCGACGAGGCGCAGCGUGUUAUCAGGGAGCUAUUCGUGCAAAUCAAGGACAUAAAGGGACGAGCGGAGAAGUCUGAGGAGAUGGUACGAGAAAUCACGCACGACAUCAAACAGCUCGAUUGUGCGAAACGAAAUUUAACUUUGGCAAUUACCACGCUGAACCACCUUCAUAUGCUGGUGGGGGGAGUGGAUACGCUUAAAUCGCUUACAGAGAAACGACAGUACGGCGAAAUAGCGCUACCCCUACAAGCGAUAAGCGAAGUGAUGGCCCACUUCGAAAACUACACGGAUAUUCCGCAAAUCAAGAGUCUCAGUGACCAGGUCAAGUCGAUCCACCAAGAUUUGGCGCAGCAGAUCACUCGCGACUUCAAGGAGGCGUUCUCCGGUGCGAACGCGAAAAGUUUCAUACCCAACAAGCAGCUGGCGUCCGCCUGUCUUGUGGUCUCGGCGCUCGAGCCGAAAGUGAAACGCGACCUGCUCAAGUGGUUCAUCGAUCUGCAACUGCAGGAGUACAUGCAUCUCUUUAACGAAACCGAGGAGACCGCGUGGCUCGACAAGAUCGACAAGCGGUACGCGUGGCUCAAACGGCACCUGAUCGAGUUCGAGGAUCGGCUGGGCGGCAUGUUCCCGCAGAAUUGGGAGGUGUCGGAGCGGAUCGCUCUGCAGUUUUGCAACGUGACGCGCGAGGAGCUGCCGAAGAUCAUGACGAAGCGGAAGCACGAGGUCGACGUGAAGCUGCUGCUGUACGCGAUACAGAAGACGGCGAAUUUCGAGACGCUGCUCGCGCGACGCUUUACCGGCGUCACGAUAUCUGAGAGUGAAGACGCAGGGCACAAGGAGGGCGCAAAAGGCGUGCCAGCCGGUGACUCAGUUUUCGUGGGGUUGAUCGGGCGAUGCUUCAUUCCGUUUCUCUACAUUUACAUCGAGAGCAUCGAUCGAAAUUUGGCCGAUCUGAUCGAGAGGUUCCUCAACAACGACAACAAGAACAUCAUGACCGAAGCGACUGAGACGCAGGCGAGCGUCCUUCCCAGUUGCGGUGAUCUCUUCGUGUUCUACAAGAAGAGCAUGGUGCAAUGCACGCAGCUGAGCAAGGGCCAAACGAUGCUCGAUCUAACCAAGCUCUUCCAAAAGUAUCUGCGCGAGUACGCCAUUAAAAUACUGCAGAACAAUCUGCCGAAGAUCGAGACGCAGUCGUUGGGCAGCAGCGUUCAGUCGAUCACGCGCGACCUGCAGAAGAUGUCCACCUCAGGUCUGAUACAGAACUUCUCGUCGUUUCUCAAGGAGGGCGAGAUCACGCGUUUCACCAAGGACGAGCUGCGGAAGAUCUGUUGCACGCUUACGACUGCCGAGUACUGCCUGGAGACGACGCAACAGCUCACGCAGAAGCUGAAGGAGAAGACCGAACCGAGUCUGGCCGAUCAGAUCAAUUUGUCGCAGGAGGAGAGCAUUUUUCACAGCGUAAUAUCAAAUUGCAUUCAAAUUUUGGUACAGGACUUGGAGAACGCCUGCGAGCCCGCGUUGACCGCAAUGGGCAAGAUCCAAUGGCAAAGUAUUGAUUGCGUCGGCGACCAAAGCCCGUACACCGCUUCGAUAGCGACCCACUUCGAAAGCACAGUGCCGAUAAUACGCGACCAUCUCUCACAUUCCCGCAAGUACUUCACCCAGUUCUGCAUAAAAUUCGCCAAUUCCUUCAUUCCGAAAUUUACGAACAACAUCUACAAAUGCAAACCAAUAAAUACCGAGGGGGCGGAGCAGCUGCUACUCGACACCUACAUGGUCAAACUGCUUCUGCUAAACCUCCCCUUGGUCGCGUCCCAAAUUAAUCGACAGGCGCCGGCGACCUACACUAAAGCCGUAAUAAAGGGCAUCACGAGGGCGGAGAUGAUUCUGAAGGUGGUGAUGACGCCCGUCGAUCCGUCGAAGGCGUUCGUCGAACAGUUCAUGAAGCUUCUGCCCGAAUGCCAGGCGUCGGAGCUGACGAAGAUACUCGAAAUGAAAAACGUCAAGAAGCAGGAGCAGGCGUACCUGAUCGAGAUAUUUCGCUCGCACAAGCCGGGCAUCGAAAAGGAAACGCAUGAAGACGACGGUGCUACGAACGAAGGUGGACGGAUAAAAAAGUUGGAGAAGCUAAUCAAGAAGGGCUUACCGAAAUAAUUCCUAGCUGUAAGAAAUAAAAAAUAGAAAUCUC